CAUCACAGUGAUGCACCACGACUCGGAUAAAUGCCUAUAUAAAUCCCCUAUUUGAGUAUUUUCCCCAAACACACUUCGAGGAAAGGUGAAGCGUCAAAAGCCAGAGGACCUAGGGUUACUUGCUAGGGCUUCCCGGGAACUUCCGUUUCCUGUUCUCUCUACGUGCGUAUGCGCAUUGCACAUGGAUUAAUGGACAUUUAUUUGUAUCGAUUGUCGCUUGCUUCAAAAUCGUAUAAACAUUAAGGUUUUAUACUUGUUUUUUCAAUACUCGAUAGCUGUAGACAUUGAUAAUAAAUCGAAUUCGGCGAUUGGAUAUAGAUUUGGUUUUUGCACGUCCAAUCAAUCGAAACGAAUAAGUUGAAUUUGUAAAAAAUGCGAAGAAUGCUGAAUCCAAAAAGGGUUACUUGGGCUUCAGAUGUAAACCUUUGUCAGGUAAGGCUAUUCUUAUCUGAAGAGUCUCCUUUACAAGUUGGAUUAAGUUCUCAAGAUCACCUCCAGGCAAAGCCAUCUCUUGAAGGUGGAAUCACAAAUGAUGAUAAUUUGCCUCCAGGUUUCGAGGCAGUCCUGGGUUCUACCCUUUGUAAAACUAAGUUAGAUCAAAUACCUCUCAUCAAAUGGGAGCGUCCUCCCAGUUUCAUAUUGGAUGCCAGCUGGCAAGUUGUUGCUGGUGAGGAGAGCCAAGAGAGGGAAGCUCAACAGCAACGAGAGAUGAGAGUGCUUGAAGCAAUAUAUCCUCGCCCAUCUUCUAUUCCCCUCAACCCUUCAGUGGUGCCAACGGAACGCAUGGUUGUUCACAAUGUUCAUCAUCAACACACUCCUCUGAUUCCCAUCACACCCAUGGAAGAAGAUGACACAGCAGACACAUCAGUUUCACAACAUGAUGUUUCUGCGGCUGGUCCCAAUAUGACAAACCUAACCUCACCGUUGAUAAUGGAGGAGUCUGGAAGUGCUACUGCCUUGUCCCAUACAACCACCACCGGAUCUUCUGCCUCUUCCUCAGGUGGAGGAUUGGAACCUGAUGCUCUUGCGGUGGCACAAGCCGCCUUGAGUUGUAUAAUGGCUAAUGACCAUGGAAACCUCAUUGAUCGUGAACUCCUCAUCAAGAUCCUAAGUGACCCUCAAAUUAUUGGGGAGUUAGUAAGCCUUCACGGCGGCGAUGGAGGGGGCUCUGAUCUGAGUAGGAAUAAUAGUAGUUUACAACUACACAUGAUCAGACCUUCUAACAUGAGGCCACCGGAGAUUAGUUUCUCAAAUCCAAAACCCUCACCUUCUUCUUUCCCACUCACCACUACUGGUGUUCCUUUCAAACCUCCUUCACCUAGUAGGGUGGGAGCCAUACCCAACUCGGCAUCAGCAACUUCAUCCUCCACUGCCCCUGCGAAGGACCUGAACUACUACAAAAGCCUUAUCCAACAACAUGGAGGAGAAAGACAGGACACACCACCACCGUUACUGCCGCCAACACCAAUCUGCAGCGGCCGUGGAAAUCAACUCAGAGAUUCUUCUCCGGCUCAAGAACCAUUAGUGCCGUCAAUAAUUAGUUCUCGGUCAUCAUCAAGAGAUUUCAAUAAAUCAAAGAUAAUGAAGCCUUGCAUUUAUUACAACAGUGCAAGGGGGUGCCGCCAUGGGAUAAAAUGUGCUUUUUUGCAUAAUGCAUGCGCCCCACAGCCAUCAUCCCGGCCGAGGAUCGGUAGUUAUCGGGACGUGCAAAGUACAAAGAGAAUGAAAAUGGAGAGGGAGAUAACUGGAACGUGAUAUUUGUUGAGGUGUUACCAUUUGAUGCAUGUUUGUACAUUUCUGUCCCUUUUCCGACCUGCAGUGUUGUGGAUUGGUGCUGGGCGCUGGCCCUUCCUUUUUAUCAUAAAAUUAUUUUUUAUUAUUUUUUGUUUAUUAUUAAUAUGCAUUGGUUCUUUUCC